AUGGCUCAAUAUCAAGGACCACCACCUGGACACUAUGGUAACCACUCACCAGUCCAUCAAUACCCUCCCACUUACAUUCAACGACCACCGCCAAGUCACGAAUUUCAACCCCAAAUGCAGUCUUCAUAUAAUCAAACGGUUGAACCUCAAUACAAUCCCCCGUUGGAAACUCCACGUCAACCGCUAUUGAACCAGCAAGCGUACGGCGACCAGUACGGUCAACACUACGGUCAGGCUCCGGCAAGACAACAAAGAAGAUACAAGACUACUAAACAGAUUGAAUUGUUCCAGGGCAAUUUGGUUUUGGAUUGUCCCAUUCCAUCAAAAUUGUCUCAGGCCAUUCCCAGGAAAGACGAAAGAGAAUUCACGCAUAUGAGAUACACUUGCUGUACUAGUGACCCCGACAACUUCAAGAAGGAUAGGUAUACUUUGAGGCAGCAAUUAUACAGCCCCCCAAGACCAACGGAAUUGUUUAUCGUAUUGACUAUGUACAACGAAGAUGAAGUUCUCUUUGCUCGCACAUUCCAUGGUGUCGUAAAAAACAUAGCCCAUCUCUGCACUCGCGAUCGUUCUCGCGUAUGGGGCAAGGAUGGCUGGAAAAAGGUUGUUGUCUGUGUUGUAUCGGACGGUAGAACAAAAAUCAAUCCUAAGACUCUCUCCUAUCUUGCCGCCAUCGGUGUCUAUCAAGAUGGAGUAGCCAAGAACUCUGUUAACGACCGUCACGUUACAGCUCAUAUUUACGAAUAUACAACGCAAGUGUCAAUCGACCCAGACAUGAAAUUCAAAGGAGCAAACAAAGGAAUUAUGCCGGUCCAAGUCUUGUUCUGUUUAAAGGAAAAGAACGCAAAGAAGAUUAAUUCGCACAGAUGGUUCUUUAAUGCUUUUGGAAGAGUCUUGAAUCCAAAUGUUUGUGUCUUGUUAGAUGUUGGUACCAAACCGGGUGGAACAUCAAUCUAUCAUUUAUGGAAGGCUUUCGAUAUCAACGCCAGUAUAGCCGGUGCUUGUGGCGAGAUCGUGGCUAUGAAGGGCACAGCCGGAGUCAAUCUUCUAAAUCCUUUAGUUGCUUGUCAAAACUUUGAAUACAAAAUGUCUAAUAUUUUAGACAAGCCCCUCGAAUCGGUAUUCGGUUAUAUCACAGUAUUGCCUGGUGCCUUUUCUGCUUACAGAUAUAUUGCACUGCAGAAUGAUCGCAAUGGCAAAGGCCCUCUCGCAUCGUACUUUAUGGGCGAAAAGCAACAUGGAGCCGAUGCCGAUAUCUUCACUGCCAAUAUGUAUCUUGCUGAAGACCGUAUCCUGUGCUUCGAAUUGGUCGCUAAACGCGACUGUGCCUGGCUAUUGCAUUACGUCAAGUCCUCUCAUGCAGAAACAGACGUACCUGAUCAAGUACCAGAAUUGAUUUCUCAGAGAAGAAGAUGGUUGAACGGUUCAUUUUUUGCUGGUGUUUAUGCUAUUGCCCACACUUUAAGUCUGUGGAGGAGUGAUCACAAUAUCUUGCGCAAAUUGCUUCUCCAUGUUGAAAUGGCAUAUCAAACAUUCAACUUGGCAUUUUCGUGGCUGGCAUUGGGUAAUUUCUAUUUAACUUUCCAUAUCCUUGGUAACUCGCUAACUGACCCCCAGGUGGUCAAGGGGUUAUGGGAUCCGUCUUUUGGUAAUCUCGUCUUCCAGAUCUUAAGAUAUGUUUAUCUGUCAUUGCUUAUCAUUUCAUUCAUCUUGUCAAUGGGUAACAGACCACAGGGCUCCAAGUGGUCCUAUACCUUUGCUAUGUUGUUCUAUGCUGGUCUUAUGGGUUACAUGCUGUUUGCUGCCGGAUGGCUCACGUUGAAAGGAGUGAACGCUGCAUUGGAAGAGACGAACGGAAAACUUACUGGUGCUAACCUCAGUACGAUAUCAGCCGUCUUCCAAAACGAAACAUUCCGCAACAUUGUUCUUUCAUUGGCAUCCACAUAUGGCUUGUACUUUGUAGCCAGUGCGUUGUUCUUUGAACCAUGGCACAUGUUUACUAGUUUCAUUCAGUACAUGUUCUUAGUUCCUUUCUAUGUCAACAUUCUCAAUGUCUACGCAUUCUGUAAUACGCACGAUGUCAGUUGGGGUACAAAAGGUGAUAACUCGUCCAAAAACGAUCUUGGUACAGUUACGGCCAGUGGCAAGGGUACUAUUGAAAUAGAAGUGCCUACUGAACAGAAGGAUCUUAAUGCUUUGUAUGACGAAGCAUUAGCCGUACUCAGGCAGCCUCAUGUUGAGGAGCAACAAAAACGUGACGCCGCUACUAAACAAGAGGAUUAUUACAGAGCAUUCCGUACACGUGUUGUAUUGGCUUGGAUUCUAUCCAAUGCUGCUUUGGUAGUCGGCAUAACAACUACGAACGCAAAUCUUGAUUCAAUAGUGCCACAACAAAAGAGAAGUAAUCUCUACAUGGCGUUUGUACUAUGGUCAGUCUGCGGUCUGGCUGCAUUCCGGUUUGUUGGUAGCUGUAUAUACUUGAUAUUCCGUCUAUUUACCGGUAACUAG